AUGCUGAAACGGUACCGUUCAACCACUGACUACAAGCAUUUGUUCUUCUGUUUCCAUAGGGACAUCAGCAUGAACAACAUCACUGAGCUGCCUGCUAAUGUCUUCAGAAACCUGCCCUAUCUGGAAGAACUACGUUUGGCUGGUAAUGACCUUGCAUUCAUCCACCCAGAGGCUCUGUCUGGCCUCCAUCAGCUUAAAGUCCUAAUGCUUCAGAACAAUCAGUUGAAGACUGUCCCAAGCGCAGCUCUCAAGAAUCUCCAUGCCCUGCAGUCUUUGCGGUUGGAUGCUAACCACAUCACGUCAGUGCCUGAGGACAGUUUUGAGGGUCUGCAGCAGCUCAGGCACCUCUGGCUAGAUGACAACAGCCUGACUGAGGUUCCCGUCGGACCCCUACGGCACCAGUGUAACCUGCAGGCCCUGACGUUGGCCCUCAACAGGAUCACACACAUCCCUGACAACGCCUUUGCCAAUCUCUCCAGCCUAGUUGUUCUGCAUCUACACAACAAUCGAAUCCAAGAGAUUGGAAAAAACUGCUUUAAUGGGCUGGACAACCUGGAGACAUUGGAUCUAAACUUCAAUAAUCUGAAUACCUUUCCAGAGGCCAUUCAGACACUGCCCAAGCUGAAAGAACUUGGAUUUCAUAGCAACAACAUUGCAUCUAUCCCUGAGGGAGCUUUCCGUAGGAAUUCCCUGCUCCGCACAAUCCAUCUUUUUGACAACCCGCUCUCCUUCGUGGGAACCACUGCUUUCCAGAACCUGUCAGACUUGCACUCUUUAAUGCUGCGUGGUGCCAGUAUGAUGCAAGAUUUCCCCAGCCUGACUGGAACAAUAAAUCUAGAAAGCCUGACUUUAACAGGAACCAAAAUCAGAAGCAUCCCAGCAGACCUGUGUGAGGAUCUGACUGUGCUGCGUACACUGGAUCUUUCCUAUAAUGAGAUUGAAGACCUGCCGUCCUUUCAGGGCUGUGUUAGACUGCAGGAUAUAAGUCUACAGCAUAACCAAAUCCGGCAGAUAGACAGAGGAACUUUCCAGGGCAUGUCCAGCCUUAGAGUGCUAGACCUGAGCAGAAACCAGAUCAAGUUCAUCCACAGAGAUGCUUUCCUUUCUCUCAGUGCUCUCACCAACCUGGAUCUCAGUCUGAACUCCCUAGCCAGCGUUCCUACCGCAGGACUGAGUGCACUGAACCAGCUUAAAUUGACUGGAAACGUGGAGCUGAGGAACGGCCUAAUGUCUAAGAGUCUGCCUAAACUCAGGUCUAUAACGGUUCCCUAUGCAUACCAGUGUUGUGCUUUUGUGGCUUGUGACAGUGCAGUUAACUCAGCGGAGGAUGACGAGCGGAGAAAUGCAUUUGGUGGCGAGGAGGAGAUGGAAAGGAUUCCUCUGGUCAUGCACUGUUCACCAUCACCCGGGGCAUUUAAACCUUGCGAACUCUUGUUGGGAAGCUGGAUGAUCCGAUUGACUGUGUGGUUCAUCUGCCUGGUGGCGCUCCUCUUCAACUGCCUGGUCCUCGCCGCCACCUUCUCCCCACACACCUCCCCUCUCUCCCCGGCCCGCCUCCUGGUGGCUCUCCUGGCCUCUGCUAACCUGCUGACAGGGGUCUACGUGGCAGCACUGACACUCCUGGACGCGGUCACCUGGGGCUCAUUUGCAGAGUAUGGCGUGUGGUGGGAAACAGGCGCCGGGUGUCAUGUGGUGGGCUUCCUCGCAGUGUUCUCCUCCGAGUGGGCCGUCCUACUGCUGGCUUUAGCUGCGGUGGAGCGUUGCUUGGCUGUGAGGGCUCUAAUGGGGAAGGCGGCAGCUCUGAGGUCCAGUGGCGAAAGGAGGGAAAGACGAAGGAGGUUUGGUAUCGCAGCGCUCCUGUUGGGACUGGUAUCUGUUGCAGCCGCCUGCCUCAGUCUGUAUCAUGGAUCAGCCAUGGGCUCUCCUCUCUGCCUGCCCUUCUCCGGAGGUCACGGACCAGGCCUGGGGUUCACAGUGGCCCUGGUGCUAAUGAACACACUAGCGUACCUGCUGAGCGCGGUGGUCUAUACGCGGUUAUACUGCAGGUUGGGCCGUGCCCAGCUGGCUGACCCCGAGCAGGCCGGGUCUGUGAGGCACAUCGCCUGGCUCAUCUUCACCAACUGCAUCUUCUUCUGUCCGGUGGCGGCUUUCUCUUUCGCUCCCUUGCUGGCCGGGACCAGUACUGCAGUGGGCGGACCAGAGAUGGCCAAAUCCGUGACGCUCAUAUUCUUUCCUCUCUCUGCCUGCUUGAACCCCGUGCUCUACGUCUGCUUCAGUCCCUCCUUCAGAUACGACUGGCUUCGCCUUAGAGGACGGGGGCGGGCCGGAGGUUGCGGCGGGCUGGUCGGGAAAGCGGUUACCAAAGGGACGGUAGCAGGGGGUUCGGCGGCAUCCGACGAUGGCGAAGGCCUGUCUAGCGACUGCGGAAUGUACACGAAGCUCCACAGGGACACUCGGGGAAUGUGUGAACACUGUGACGCCGCCCUUCACAUCAACACGUCUUCCUCUUCUGCUUCUUCCUCUUCCUCAGCCUGCAGACAUUUAGUGAAGUCCCACAGCUGCCCGGCCUUGAUGGCAAACACACCCCAGUGCUUGAGCUCAGAGGGGUACUGGCCCGACACCGGGACCCUUUCCGCUCAGUCGGAAUAUGGGGACGAGGGCGAUUCGUUCGUGUCGGACAGUUCGGAGCAAGUGCAGGCGUGCGGCCGAGCCUGUUUCUGUCAGAGCCGCGGUCUCCCUUUAGUACACUACUCUUAUAACAUCCCCCGCAUGACAGACUGAGCUCACAGCCCCGAGCACUCACACACUCACUUCCUAACACAGUCCUCCAGGGUGUGGAGUGUCCCUGCUCCUCAAGGACAGAGAACAGGGAGGGGCUGGACACGUGGCUGCAGAACUGUGGAAACGCAAACAGACCGGAAGCACUUUCUCUCUUUUCACACUUGUGAGUAUGUGUGUGUAUGAGUGAAUGUAGACCGAAUCCAUGAAAAGGGAAUCUAACGCUACAGAAAGACUCACUGAGCCAAAUGUUGUCAGCAAACAACACGUCUUGUUUUCUGUUUCCUGUCCCCCUCAGCCAAAUUCGGUUGCAUCGGCACCCAGGGCUGAUUGACGGCAAAUGGACACAGUGAUCUUAUCUCUCAGUGCCUGCCUUUCAGUUUGCAAGAGAGUAGAAACUUGUCUGUUUAUUUUCUUGGGGCAUUUUUAGAAAAGAAAAAUAUAUUUUCCCUUUUAUUCUUACAAAUGUUUGUCCUUUUGAUUUAAAGCAGGGAUAUAUGUGUCACUGUUUGUAGUGAUGUCGAUUCUUUUUCUCUUAUUUCUUCUUGUCAUCAUAAGUCCUGACUGUGGCAGGGGAUCCCGUUCUAUGUAGCAAAGUUCCUCCUUAUACUGGAGUUCCAGUAUGCCGAUGAGAAUGUAAUCUACAAGUUUAUGUUCACGCUGUCUUGUGUUCCCUCACAGUUCAUGGUGGCUGUUAUUUAAAAAAAAAGCAUUCAUUCCUUUUAGGGAUGCGCCGAUCCGAUA